UUGAUUUAGAGUUGCCAGAUUGUUUACUUCAACAUCAGACGGCCCAAGCUGAGAUAAGUUGCCCAUUCUAAAAUUGGUAAAACCCUUAGAAAAACCCUAGAGAUUGAAACACCCGAAGCCUAGAACCUUCUACUCUGUCUCUCAUAUUUCAUCACCAUUUUCCAAAUCAACUCUCUGCAGCUUCUUGUUGAAUUUCAUCAAUCGAAAUGGCGAAACGCUUAAUCCCAACCCUGAACAGAGUGCUGGUGGAGAAAUUAGUGCCCCCUUCCAAAACCGCAGCUGGGAUUCUCCUCCCGGAGAAAUCGUCCAAGCUGAACUCUGGCAAAGUGAUUGCAGUCGGACCAGGGGGCCGCGACGUCGCCGGUAAUCGUAUUCCCAUAGCCGUGAAGGAAGGCGACGAGGUUCUGUUACCUGAGUAUGGUGGGACGCAAAUCAAAUUAGGCGAAAAAGAGUACCAUUUGUACAGGGAUGAAGAUAUCUUGGGCACUCUGCAUGAUUAAUUUAAUUAAUUGCAUUUGCAAAUGUUGGAUCUUGAGUUUAACUGAUGAUUAUUGACAUUGUUGUUACUCUUUCUUGAAUUCCAAUAAUCAACGGACUAUUUUCUUUUCA